GCGGAGCAGGGCACGCCUUGACGAGAGCGUCAAAGCAGAGUCCGCUUCUGAAAUCUCAAACCUGCGCCGCGAGCCACUGGGGACGACACGCCCCCUACCCGCCUGGGCAGUUUGUCCCCUGCCUAUAUAAAUUGGCACGGAGAUCGAUUUAAUCGAGUCUCCCAAGGUCUCGAGUCCCAAUUAGCUUCGCUUAAGCCUUGCCCCCCAAUCGGCCAGCCAAUCCAAUCCACCAUUGGGCGAGGAGAGGUCGCAGGAGGGACUGGGAGAGCGGGUGGAGCGGUGAUGGCGGCGGCGGCGGCGGCGGGAAGCAGGGAUGUGGAAUUCAUCCGCGCGCGCAGCGACAAGCGGCAGUACCGCCGGGUGGUGCUCCCCAACGCGCUCGAGAUCCUGCUCAUCAGCGACCCCGACACCGACAAGGCGGCGGCGUGUAUGGAGGUCGAGGUGGGCUCGUUCAGCGACCCGGAGGGGCUCGAGGGCCUCGCGCACUUCCUCGAGCACAUGCUAUUUUAUGCCAGCGAGAAAUACCCAGGAGAACAUGAGUAUACGAAAUAUAUCACAGAGGUACAUUUUAUUGAUCAACUUCAAGUUGCAAAAAUUCAACCUGUUUUCACUUCAUAAAAAUUCUUUUAUGCAAGUAUUAGUGACUCGUAGAGCAUGAUUGACACCACACAGAGAUAGAAAAAGAACGUCAGAAAGUAUUUUUAGUCAGGCAAGCUGAGAUAGGUGGGAUUUUAUGACUCAUCUGCACUUAUGCUUGUACGGUAGUAUCUACUGUCAUAGGGAUAUCGUCUUCCCUAUUGUGGUUGCAGAGUGCAGCAAAAAUGGAUCAACCUAUUCAGUUGUAACCUGUCAUGUCCUCGAACCAAACACACCUAGUUCUGCAACCAGAGUACAUAUGAUAUUCUGUGGUGUCGUGGUGCUCUUACAGCGCAGCGCAAAUGCUGCAAAGGAAGCUGCAACAACUUCCUGUUAUAAGCUGUUGAGAGGCUAAGAGGUCCAUGCUUUACAAGCCUGGAAAUCCUAUUAUUAUGAUUCCCUUAAGUGAACAUGUAUCAUGCUUCAUGCCUGGUCCUAUUAUUGUUUCCCAAAAAAACAUGGAAACCUUCAACAAGCUUGGAUUAUAUUUUAACAAUUUGGCGCGAUAUGAAAAUUAUCAGCAUGGUGGCUCUUACAAUGCAUAUACAAGCUCAGAGACAACGAAUUUCUAUUUUGACGUCAAUGUGGACAAUUUUGAAGAAGCUUUAGAAAGUUCUUUAUUAGGCCGCUGAUGUCACAGGAUGCUGUUCUUAGAGAGAUAAAAGCUGUUGAGUCUGAGCACAAGAAAAACUUAUUGUCUGAUGGCUGGAGAAUGUACCAGCUUCAAAAGCAUCUGGCUUCAAAGGAUCACCCUUACCAUAAAUUCAGUACCGGAAGUUGGGAAACACUGGAAACUAAACCAAAAGAGAGGGGCUUGGACAUCAGGCAUGAACUUCUGAAGUUUUAUGAGAAUUAUUCAGCAAAUCUUAUGCACCUUGUUGUUUAUGGAAAGGAGAGCCUCGAUUGCAUUCAGGGCUUGGUUGAUUGUUUGUUUAGUGACAUAAAAAACACUGACCGGAUAAGCUUCAAGUGUCCGAGUCAUCCUCUUUCAGAGGAACAUUUGCAGCUUCUUGUCAAAGCACUGCCAAUAGAAGAAGGCGACUAUCUAAGAAUAAUAUGGCCAAUUACACCUAGCAUCCAUUUCUACAAAGAAGGUCCUUGCCACUAUCUGAGUCACCUUAUUGGGCAUGAAGGCGAGGGGUCCAUCUUCCAUAUAAUAAAGGAACUAGGAUGGGCCAUGAACCUGAUGGCUGGAGAGAGCACUAACAGCACUGAAUAUUCUUUUUUCUCAAUAAGCAUGAGGCUCACUGAUGCUGGUCAUGAACACAUGGAAGAUAUUGUUGGGUUGAUCUUCAAAUAUCUUUUUCUAUUAAAAGAAGAUGGAGUCCAUGAGUGGAUAUUUAAUGAGCUUGUGGCAAUAAAUGAAACGGAGUUCCAUUAUCAAGACAAAAUUGAUCCAAUCAGCUAUGUGACGGGUACUGUCUCAAGUAUGCGGUUGUUCCCGCCAGAAGAGUGGCUGGUUGGAUCAGCAUUGCCAUCGAAGUAUGUACCACAAAGAAUAAUGAUGAUACUCGAUCAGUUGUCACCUGAAAGGGUAAGAAUAUUCUGGGAGUCCAAAAAAUUUGAAGGAUCUACUACCUCUGCUGAGCCCUGGUAUAAUACAUCAUAUUCUGUUGAAAAUGUUACUCCUUCUGUGAUACAGCAAUGGAUUCAAAAAGCUCCCAUGGAGAAACUCCACCUCCCAGAGCCUAACAUGUUCGUUCCAAAGGAUUUUGCUCUUAAAGAAGUGACUGAAAAGGUUACUUUUCCAAAAGUAUUAAGGAAGACACCACUUUCACGGUUGUGGUAUAAGCCUGAUUUGCUGUUCUCCACGCCAAAGGUUCACAUUAUAAUUGAUUUCCACUGCCCACUAUCAAGCCACUCCCCCGAAGCAUAUGUUUCUACUGAUCUCUUUGUUGAUUUGUUAGUGGAUUAUUUGAACGCUUAUGCUUAUGAUGCUCAAAUUGCUGGUUUAUACUAUUCAAUAUAUCUUACUUCGGCUGGAUUCCAGGUCUCCUUAGGCGGUUACAAUGAUAAGAUGAGGGUUCUCCUAAAUGCCAUACUGAAGCAAAUUGCUAACUUUGAAGUUAAGCCAAACAUAUUUUCUGCCCUGAAGGAAACUACAGUCAAGGACUACCAAAAUUUCAAUUUCAGUCAACCACAUUGUCAAGCUUCAUCCUAUGUAUCUUUAAUAUUAGAAGAUAAAAAAUGGCCUGUAGCUGAGAAACUUGAAGCUCUUGCGAAGCUUGAAUCAGAUUCUCUCGCGAAGUUCUUACCAAACUUGCUAUCAAAGGCAUUUUUGGAAUGUUAUAUUCAAGGGAACAUUGAACCAAGUGAGGCUAAAUCCAUUGCGCAGGAGAUUGAGGACACUAUAUUCAGUACCCCUAACACUAUGUUCAAAUCCAUGUCUCCAUCACAAUAUCUGACUAAAAGGGUUAUCAUGCUUGAAAAUGAAUUGAAAUGCUACUACCAAAUUGAGGGCUUAAAUCAGAAAAAUGAGAAUUCAUCAGUUAUCCAAUAUAUUCAGGUACAUCAAGAUGAUGCCAGUUUGAAUAUCAAACUUCAGCUGUUCUCUUUAAUUGCUAGCCAGCCUGCCUUCAACCAGCUACGGACAGUUGAGCAACUUGGGUAUAUAACAAGUCUUUCUCUAAGAUCCGACUAUGGAGUCUGGGCACUCCAGGUGGUUAUUCAGUCCACAGUUAAGGAUCCUUCGUACCUUGAUGCUAGAAUUGACGAAUUCUUCAAGAUGUUUGAAAGCAAAAUCCAUGAACUGUCUGACAAGGAUUUCAAGAGAAAUGUGAAAUCACUCAUUGAUUCUAAACUAGAGAAGUUCAAAAACUUGCGGGAGGAAUCUCAUUUCUACUGGAGAGAGAUUGGCGCAGGGACUCUCAAGUUCGAUAGGGUCGAGUCUGAGGUCGCCCUCCUAAGAGAGCUGAAGAAAGAGGAAUUCAUUGCGUUUUUCGAUCAGUACAUAAAUUUGGAUGCGCCCCAAAGGAGGACACUAAGCGUGCAAGUCUUCAGUGGAAACCAUUCUGCAGAGUUCAAGAAGGCGGCCGCCGAAGCCGAUCCACCGAAAACGUACAGGAUUACAGAUAUAUUCGGCUUCAAACGAUCGAGGCCGCUGUACAGCUCACUCAAGGGAGGUCCGGGUAGGAUCACAAUGGACUGAAAAGCUAUACCAGGCUGCUACUCUCUUUCUUAUAGUUAUAGGCUGUGCAUACGCAUGAACUAGAUUUUAAUUAGCUCCAUGAAGAUUCGAUUGCACAGUUGAUACUAUUCUUCAGUCACGGCUUAACCAAUAAUGCACGACCACAGUCCACACGUCACUUUCUGGAGAAAUCUAAGAGCUGUACCGAGUCACAUGCACAUGUUGGUUUGUCUUUCUUCUGGGUUCGGACAACUAUGCAAUUUGUACACUUAACAGUUACAUCA